GAGAGUUAGGUCACUGAAAUCAAAUUUUCUUGUAAUAGUGUCCGUCAAACAGUUUUUCAACGAUUUUUAUUGAAAUGUCUCACCAUAGUCUGAAAUCUACGAGCCAUGGAUACUGCGAAGCUAUCUUCUCAACUUCGCCGAGAAAUUCAAACAAAGAAAAUACUAUUCCCGCGAUAAAAGCAAAGAAAAAUUUGCACCCUUCUUUCAUAUCUAAUGAGCCAUCUAUCCCAUCAAAUAAAAGUCAAAGUGCAAAUAAGAAGAUACAGAGUUUUACACAGAGGACACCAUCAAAACGUGAAGUAAUAGACACAUUAGGAUCUUCAAAUAAGUCAUCCAAUGUGGAGCUAUCAUGUUUUAAAUCUGCAAAUCCUGUAAAGCAGGAAAAUCCAGUCUGUAAUAAUAUUACAUCGAAUGAAAAAUUGAAGACUCCUAUCAAAACAAAAUUUAUAAACAGUUUAUCCAGUGAUAAGACUGUCAUGCAAUUUGGGACACCAAAGCAUUCAAGGAUAGCAAACACACCUAGUGUCAAUUCAAAAUAUAAUAUUUUAUCUACCACAAGAACACCAUUGAAACGUUAUUUUAGUGAUCAUGCUUUACCACAAAGCACUCCUGAUUGUUUCAAUACAGUUCACUUAGAAACCCCGUCUCACAAAAUUGAUGAUAUAGUAGUUGCAGAGCAAACAAUAUAUGAAGGUGAAAGCAGUAAUCUCACUGUUGGUAUUCGCAUUAGACCUUUGAAUUCCAAAGAAUCGAAUGAUUCAAAAGUUACAACAGUUGUGCAAGGAAGUGGCCAAAAUGUUACAGUGGAAUGUGAAUCUGCACAUCACACUUUUACAUAUGAUCAUUGCUUUGUUUCUUACAAUGAUCCACUCACACCUGGCCAUGCCAAUCAGGAAGUCGUCUUCCGUAAUAUGGUACUGCCUUUAGUACAAAAUGCAUUCGAGGGUUAUAACGUCUGUUUAUUUGCAUAUGGACAGACAGGAUCUGGAAAGAGUUAUAGCUUAAUGGGCACAGAAUCCACGCAGUUAACCGCGAUACCGUUCGAAGAAAAUGUUGGUAUUAUACCAAGAUUUUGCCAGGAGAUAUUUACACAAGCGUGUGACAAUCCACAAAUUGAGACAACUGUAGAAAUCAGCUAUUUCGAAAUAUACAAUGAAAAAAUUCAUGAUCUUUUGACGAGCACAAAUAACGGGUCAAAAAAGGCUCCUCUCAAAGUAAGGGAGCAUCCUGUCUUUGGUCCUUAUGUUGUAGACUUGAGUCAGCAUUGUGUACAAAAUUACAAAGAUUUACAGGCUUGGCUUAAAGUAGGAAAUUCACAGAGAGCCACAGCCGCAACUGGUAUGAAUGAGAAAAGUUCACGGUCUCACAGUAUUUUUAGUAUUGUAUUAACUCAGACACAUUUGGACAAUCAGUUGGACUGCAAAUCACUUGAUGCCAAUCGUCGCAGCAAAAUUAAUUUGAUUGACUUAGCUGGUAGCGAGAGAUUGAGUCAAACUUCUGCUACUGGUGACAGAUUAAGGGAAGGGGUUUCUAUUAAUAAAUCUUUACUUACAUUGGGGAAGGUAAUUGCGUCACUUACGGAGAACACAAGUAAUCGUAAACAGGGUUUCGUACCGUAUCGUGAAUCAGUAUUAACAUGGCUGCUGAAGGAAAGUUUGGGAGGAAAUUCACGGACGGCAAUGCUGGGGACGAUAUCACCAGCAAAUAUUCAUGUGGAAGAGACUUUAGCGACUCUUCGUUACGCCUGCCAGGCUAGAGCUAUAGUCAAUCGAAUUCGUAUCAAUGAGGAUCCACAUGAUCGGCAAAUUCGCGAAUUAAAAGCUGAAGUUCUACGUUUACGUGGGGUACGCGAGGGAUAUGAAAAGCAACUUGGAGUUGUACCUCGUCGAUUGCUCGAUUGCAUCGAGCCAAUUCGCCCGACAGAGAAGCCCGACAGAGAAGUUAAGCGAAAGCAAAAGGAGAUUGAUGAGCUGAAGGAUCAAUUGAAGAAAACAGAAGAACAACUGGCUGCCACUCAAAUGAGCUGGAGCGAAAAGUUCCAGAAAGCCGAGGAGAAGAAGAGUUCGGAGCUGAAAUAUUUGCGUCGUUGCGGAAUCGCCAUUGAGAUCGAUUUUCACGAAAGAGACAAACAUCCUUGUCUUGUAAAUCUCGCGGCCGAUCCUAUGUUAUCCGGUACGCUUUUGUAUCUCAUACCUCCAGGUUUGGUCCGUGUUGGAAAAAAUAGCGGAUCCGAAGCCAUUUCCAGAAAGCUGGACAUCUUGUUGGACGGGCCUCUUGUUAGAGAGUUGCAUUGUUCCAUUGAAAAUAACGAGGGCAAAUUAAUUUUAACACCGGAAAUGGACGGAGACACGUACGUCAAUGGCCAGAUAGUGACUGGGAAACUUAUGCUCAAACAUGGUGAUCGUUUAGUCAUCGGUGGCAAUCACUAUUUCAAAGUGCUAAAUCCAUAUGAUGAUUCCUGCAAUGUUAAACUUUCCACGCAAGCGAUAGAUUUUGAAUUUGCGCAUCAAGAAAUCCUCCGAAUACAAGAAGAAAAAUUAAGAGCAGAACUGGAGGAAUCGAAGCAAAAAGCGAUAAAGGAACUAGAAAAUGCAAAGCGUGAGGUAGAAUUGCAACUUGGUUCGCAGAAAUCGACGUACGAGCACAAGAUCGAAGUUCUCGGUUCCACUUUGGAAGAACAAAAACACGCACUCGAACAAAUUAAUCGUAGAAAGAAAGAGUUGGAAUUGGAGAAGGAGUUACUGGCCACAGAAGUUGAAACGAAUAAUAAAAUCAAGAAAAUACAACUGGAGCAAAGUCAUGAGAGACUAUCGCCGUACAAAUCAAACUUUCUGCAAGAACUGGAGAGUAUUCUGAAUGAGAAAGCUGCCGAUAUUGAGAGUGCGCUAAAGACGAAACUUGACAAGGAAACGAUAACCGCCGGUGGAAUUAGUCUGCACGAAAUGCAAGUACUCGUCAAAGAAGCGACACAGCGGUGUAAAGAAGCCGGUUUUAAUUACGAGUUUUACCAACAACAAACUAUAGUAAAAAAGAGUUUGCGACCAGUAAUUCGCGUUCGCGAUAAAACGCGUAUGAUGGAAGCUCUGUUGCAACCAAUAGUCUUUCUAAAUUGGGUUCAUCGGUUGAGAAAUUGCGACAUAGAGAGUUCUAUAAAAGAACUGGAAAAUUUCGAUUCUUAUUGGGAGUCUUACGAUGAAACGGAAGUAUUUGAAGACUCCUUGAAUGGCAGUAAAAUUUCGAUAAACAUGACACCUGUGAAGAAGCAACUGAAUGAGAGCAUCCAUCAAUUCUCCAUGGAUACGUCGAUGUUCGAAGCGACGUUCAGUGAUCAAACAUCUGUAACAUACGAUCAACAGGAAGAUGUAAAUGCGUGUCUCGUUCAAAUUGAAGUCGCUGCGAAAACAUUGAAUAAGUUGUGUCAUCGGUAUCAGAAGCUCGACACGAAACCGAUCAUUGAAUCAUUAUCAAAGAUGCAGGAUAUUAUUGAAACUUUAAAAGGUAUCUUUCAGAGCACAGAGUCAAGUGAAUGUGAGGAUACAAGUGGAACUUCGAUAAACAGCGCCAACAAUACUGUUAUCGACAUGACAAUCGACAUAAAGAAUAUUUUUCAAAGUAAAGACAAGACAAGCGAAUGCGAAGAAAGGCAUGAAACUUCGAUGAACAACGUUAGCAAUGUCAAUAACGAAGUUAAACCAUUAAAAAUGGAAAAUUUUAAAAAUUCGGCCAGUCGUAAUAUGUCACCGAAGAAGCCUAGUAUACAUGACAAUGUGUUAGAUGCGAAAACCAGAAGUGCUCAAAAGAACGUGAAGUUUUUUAAUAAAACCAAUCGUUAAUAAAUCUCACAGAACAAUAAAGCAAUAAUUAUUUAAAAUAAUCAUUAUUUUUAAGUAAACUUGCGCUAUUAUCGUUUUAAAGAUAUUUUACAAAAAAACGCAUUGUAAUGAUAUUAUAAUAAUGAUACAUAUCAUAUCACAGUUUUAGACUUAGAAAACAUUUCAUUAAUUUAUACGUUUUAAUGUAUCUUAAUGUGUUUUAAAUAAUUUAUUAGAAAUGCAUUUUGAAUUUUCACCGUUAUUUAUAAUUUUAUCUUUUCCAUUUAACUUUUUAAUUUUGCCUAUGUUAAAACACGACUUCUUUUUGUAUAAUCAAAUUAAGAGGCUUAGUACAAAAUUUACACAUAAUAUAUAUUUUAAAAAUAUGUUAGAUUAGAGAUGUCACAAUUUAAGAAUAUUAAGUGAAAUAUAUUUUGUAUAUUAUCUAUGUAAGCUCAGUUAGCUAUACACUGUCGCAUAUGCCAAUGAUUAAAGUAAGAGUUUCCAAUUCUUAUUUUUAAAGUUUUAAUUUUCUCAUAUUUAAAAUUAAAGAUUUAAUUUAAAAUCUAAUGUUAUU